AAAAGGGCUCGUGUACGCACACAUCUUCGAUAAAAAACAAGAGAGGGGUCAUUGAAGUGGUGUAAUUGUAUAUGCAUAAAUAUGUCUUUUUUUUUUGGGGGGGGUCAAGUAUGUGCAUAAAUAUGCCGAAGGCUGACUAAAAAUGUAAUCAAUCUUCUUUAAAAAAUUCUGCCCAAGUGCCUAUACUAAUUGCCUUCGCGUUUCAACUCUCAGUUUUUGUUAUGUUUAAAAAUAUAAUCAAAUUUAAGAUACCCUUCGUUAAUGUAUAUUUUUAUGCCAGAAGACUUAUUAUGUCACAAGAGGUUACGUUCUAAACAAUUCCUUUGUUCCUAAUCAUCAUUCAUAUAUGCUAGUUAGGAGGGAGAUUUUCAACAUUAUAUUAUUUUCAAUAAAUAUAAAGAGACGAAUUGGCCAAUCUAUUCAAAAAUUAUUUUUCAGAUAUUCUGUUCAUACAUAUAAAUUAAACCGCAAAUCCAACUAUAUCUGAAAUUCAACUGAAGUAUAAUAACAUUUAAACACAGUUUCUGUGCAGACCAUACAGAAUUAGGGGACAAGGUAUUCUUGCAAUAUAAAAAGAAUAGAUUAAAGCCAGUUCUUCCAUGGAAAUUUGAUUGCAAUAUUUUAUAGAUCUACUUAACAUGUUCUGACCUUGAAAUUCCUGAGUAGCUUCAUUACAAUUUGCAUAUAUGUAUCCAGCUGAUGAGUUUGAGUUGACUUUUGUGAUCUUUCGCACGUUUUGCUGUUUCUCUCUGUCAUUUUUCUCAUUUCAGGUUGACUUUUGAGAUUCAACGACCUACUCUCCGUAACGUGUUUCCCCACAGCUUCUCUUUGCCAAUGCCAAGAAAAAGUAUCCAUUAGUCUUCAACUAAUUUGAGUGCUUCAGCUUCCUUCAUCCACAAGAUGGAGAACCAGCAAGAAAAGGGCAUCAUGUUCAAGAAAUUCACGUGGGCAGUUCAAGAUUUCUCAAAAAACAAAACCAAGAAACAACGCUCCAAGGCUUUUGAAGCUGGUGGUUGUAAAUGGCGAAUCGUGGUUAAUCCAAUUGGAAAGGGUGUGGAGCAUUUGUCCCUGUUUCUGAAGGCUGCAAAUUCUUUACCAUCAUUUGGUUGGACCAGAUAUGUCUAUUUCAAGCUGUCUCUCAUUAAUCAGAUCGACAAGGAGAGGUCCAUUACAAAAGAGACUCAACAAAAGUUCAAUUCAGGACAUAGUAGCUGGGGAGCGUCAUUCUUGCUUGUCAAUGACUUCGAUAAUACCGAAGGUUAUCUGGUGAACGACUCAUGCAUCGUAGAAGCUCGAGUAUCUGUCUCAGACGUUGCUUUUAAGAUUCCAGACAACUUUACCAAAAUCACUGACCAAACACAAGAGGAACAAGCAGAAACAGAGGAAUCCACAGAACUACAGCCUGAAGAUCAUCAAAGCAGUUAUUCCUCGGAUGGGACGCCACGUUUCAAAUCCUUUGAUGAAGGAUCAUGGAAUCAGUCAUGUAAAACAGAAUCAGGAAAACAAGACAUUCUAGGGGCACCAGGAGAGACAACAAGUCCUAAACCAGCGCAUUAUGAGCCAACUGCCCCACCUCUGUAUCCUUGUGUAGAUGAAUCACCUGUGGAAAUACCCUUAACCCCUCUUAAUGAUCUUAUAGAUUAUAGGAGUUUAAAGCCAGAAGAAGUCGGUUUUGUUCUGUUACUAGAGGAUGUUUGUUCAAGGUAUCCCUCACUGAUAGAGAGCCAAAAGAAGAGAAGUCCUAAGUUCAGACACUGGGCAUUCAUAGCUUUAGGCCAAGUUCUAUAUUUUCUGGAGACAACGGAGGCAAAAAAGGUGGAUGAAUCUGCUUGCAACUACCUACAGGGUCUAUGGGAAGAAGUUCAGUUAUUUGGAUUUGACUUGACGUGGUUGGAGCCUCAUGUGCAGUAUGCGUUGGGAAUGAAAGAUUAUUUGGAAAGAGCGGACAAAGUGAGAAAACUGAAGAACGAGGUGAUUGCUUUAGAGAAUGAAAUGAAGAGGCUGAGAGCAAGUUUGGCUGUUACAGAAGUUGACCUCAAUAUAGAAAGAAGACACUUGAGAGAGGAAGAAAAAGGAUUUGAGGAGAAAGACAUGGAUGCUGUAUUAGGCUGUGGCAUAUUUUAAAUACGUAGUGCACAAUAAUUUUGUGUGCCCAUUUCAGCUGGGUCAACGAAAUCUUUAAAUUGCGGAUAUGCUGCUUGUCAUGAACUUGUUUCUGUGACAAACUCUGAAACAAAACAAAAAUGUAAUCAUCUGGGACUCACACGAACAACAUUGAUAAAUAUUAUGUGAGUUUUUAUGGC